UAGAGCUCUCACUUUACUGUAAGUGACGCUCGUGGCACCGUCCUCGGUCCGUCAGUACGGGGGCUAGAGUUAAAAUAAUGGAAUAUAACGAUAUCGCUCUAAAAUACAGGUCCUCUGUGCAGUACAGCGCACUACCGGAAGUGACGGACAACGAUGACAGAGACCACGAGCGCCUACUACAGGAAGUGAUUCACCACGACGACCCGGAUCCCCGCCAAAAACCUGUCACCAUGGCAACAGGAAAAUCAUUAUCACUGCUUCAGAUAAUUCUCCUGAAUGCUGUGGUAUGUGGCGUUGAGAUUUGCGCAUGCGCUGGAUUCACCUACAUCCCUCCUAUGCUGUUAAAGGCGGGCUACACGGAGGAGAAUAUGAGUAUAAUUUUAGGAAUGGGUCCCUUGCUUGGGUUUUUCUUCGUUCCAAUAAUAGGCCGCGCGAGUGAUAACUGCUUUAGUGCUUGGGGUCGAAGACGGCCAUUCAUAGUGGGAAUUUCAUCAGUUCUGAUGUUUGCUCUUAUUAUUAUACCUUACUGCGAUUGGAUCAGUCUUUCCUUAUUUGGCCCAGGAACAGUGAGUAAAACAGGUGCACUGCUGAUUUUAACAGUAGGGGUCGUUCUGCUCGAUUUCACUAGUCAAGCCUGUCUGACACCAUGUGAAGCAUUGCUAAGCGAUGCAUCAAAGGAGACCAAUCAACAAGAACGUGUUUUCAUGGUGUACUCUCAGAUGGUGUCGCUAGGGGGAUUUCUGGGGUAUUUAAUUACAGCCCUGGACUGGAAUACGAAUCCUAUCGGUGCUCUGAUUGGUGGUCAAGAAAGGACUGUGUUCACUGUGUUGGUCUUCCUGUUUGUGUUUUUGUUGUUUGUGACUGUAGCUGUAGCCAAAGAGGAGCCACAAAUCGCACUCCAGAAUUCUCAUAUCCCGGAUAUAAAAACCCCAUUAGAGGGUUUGUCCUCUCCUGCCGCGUUCAGUGGCCCGGCUUUGGAGUCGGGGUACGAAUCGAGUGGCUCGGACGACGGCGCUUUGCCAAAUGUGCUCCGCAAGCCCCGAUCAAGGUCCCGUCGUCACAAAAGAAAAUUCCGUCCUAUUUUAUUGUUGUGUAUGCCGUUUAUUUUUGUUUUAAAACGCUUUAGAAUAUUUUCAUACGUGCAAUUUUAUGGCAGACUAGUUUUUGCAGCUAUACAAGACAAGCUUCCAGAAUCCGUUAAACUGCUGUUAGAUAUCCCGCUCGUUUUGCAGAAACUGGCUAUAGCGAACUUCUGCAGUUGGACUGCAGUGAUGGGAUUCAACCUUUUCUUCACAGACUUUGUAGGACAGGCUGUUUACGAAGGGAAUCCCAAUGCCGAGGAGAACUCCUAUCUGCGUGCUCGAUAUGACGAGGGUGUUCGAAUGGGGUCUUGGGGACUCCUGUUUCACUGCAUCACUUCCGCUAUCUAUGCCUUUUUUGUUGAAAAUUUAGUGGAGCGUGUCGGGAUCCGCCGGACGUACGCUGCAGGGAUGAUGACCUUUACCUUGUGUAUGGCGGGCAUGGUGAUGUUCCGGAACAUCUAUUUUGUGAACACUAUGGCGGCACUGACUGGUUUUGCGUAUGCGACCCUCACGACUAUCCCCUUCAUUAUUGUCACUAAAUACCACUCAGAAAAAGAGAUAUACUUCCGGACAGAGAGUGGGAAGAACAACUUCCGGGGGAUCGGAACAGACAUUGCCACACUAGACUCCGCCUACUUCCUGUCCCAGGUAAUCCUCUCUGGAAUGAUGGGAUAUGUUGUUCACAUGACCGGAACUGUCCUGUCCUACAUGAUCACGGCAGGAAUUAUGGGCAUUUUGAGUUGUUUCUUUAUUCAGAGUAUUAUUACGUCUCGGGAGGAAAUGCUGGGUGUAACCAAAAAAUGGCAUUCUGUCAUCAAUAUAUGAUUUCUUAUUGCUGCUUUACAAGGUGCUUCAAUGUUUUGUCUGAUAUAUUGUCUUUACUUAGACGGUGCUUUGUAUAAGAUUGUUGUACUUUAAGGUUGACAAAUAGUUUAAAUUGCCAGUAUUUUGACCACUAGCCAAAAAUAUUUACGAUUUUGAAGACUUCUCUAAUCAAUUAAUCAUUUCAACUGCUUUAAUAACAU